UCCAGCACUGAGACUCUUAAACUGUUUGUGCUGAAGGGACAAAAUGUUCGUCUGGAUGUCCAGGGAUAUGCUAAACUAAAAGAUAUUGAUGAUUUAAAGUGGACGUUUAACAAAUCUCACAAUUUAGUAAAAUACUUCAAUGAAUCAUCAAAACUGAAAGCAUUUCCUAAAUACCAAGGCAGGGUUGAGUUUAGUGAGGGAAAAUUCUCUGUACUACUGAAGAACCUACAGGAAGGAGACAGUGGACUUUACCAUGCAGUAGUGAGUGGUGAAGAAAACAAAGAUGUUGCCAAGUACCAGAUAUCAGUUCAUGGUAGGUUUUCCUCCUUCCUUCCCUCCCGCUCUUUUUUUGUAUCACUAUGGUUACAGAGCUGUAGCAAUCAAUAGUGAAAUGUGUAUUCUAUCUCAGGUUAAAUGUACUCUUAAGGUACAGAAAAUGUCAACCACAGUAAAUGGUGACUAGAAUAAUUAUCAGCCAUUUUGUGUGUGUGUGUGUGUCUGUGUAAAUGCGUAGGCGUGCGUGUGCAUUUGUGUGUGUUUUCCUAACCAUGUCUAUUUGUCUGUUUAUCUACUUGUUUUCAGAGUUCCGUUUAUUUUUUUUUUUUUUACCCCAUCAAAGUUGCCCAUCCCUUUUGUAGAGCAUUGAACAGCCACUGAGAAAUAUUAAAUGUAUUGAUUUGAGGUCAUUAAAGGCCUUGUUUUAUACCUGGGUCACCAUUCAUAAAUGUAUAGUGAAGUUGUUGCUGUAUGUUUUUAUUCUCCAGACUCCAGAUAACAGUCAAGCAGGUGGUGAAGAGCAGGUGUCUCCAGGUCCUGGUCCAGCAUCACCCUCCAUCUACAGUAUGGUGGGACAUUCCAACCCCCAGCCUUUGAACCAUCCCACCAUGGUGCGAGACCAGCCUCCAACUGUGGACCUCCCCAUGAGCCCCAUGCCCCCCAUGCCUGAGAGUUUAUAUGCUGUGGUGGGGGAAAAGCCUAGCAAACAAUAAUCAGGAAUUUUAACAUCUUAGGCCGGAAUUCUAUUCAAUUUGAUUAGAUAACCCUUUGUCAGCUAAGCAUCUUUUAAAGGUUACCACAUUGGCUGAGACAGCAUUCACGAUAAAUGCUGCGUAUGUUAGCUCAAUUGGAAAUUAUCUGUAAAUGGUGCCUAGAUGACAAAGUAUGAUCACAUUGAAUUCUUAAAAUUGAAAGGCAAUUUUCCCGCGGUUUGCAAAGACUGCAUUCCCAGAAACAAGAUUUUUCUGGUCUGAUGAAACCAAGAUUGAACUCUUUGGCCUGAAUGCCAAGCGUCACGUGUGGAGGAAACCUGGCACCAUCCCUACGUUGAAGCAUGGUGGUGGCAGCAUCAUGCGGUUGGGAUGUUUUUCAGCGGCAGGGACUGGGAGACUAGUCAGGAUCAAGGGAAAGAUGAACGGAGCAAAGUACAGAGAGCAUUGACGAAAACCUGCUCCAGAGCGCUCAGGACCUCAGACUGGGGCGAAGGUUUACCUUCCAACAGGACAAUGACCCUAAGCACACAGCCAAGACAACGCAAGAGUGGCUUCGGGACAUGUCUCUGAAUGUCCUUGAGUGGCCCAGCCAGAGCCCGGACUUGAACCCGAUCGAACAUCUCUGGAGAGACCUGAAAAUAGCUGUGCAGCGAAGCACCCCAUCCAACCUGACAGAGCUUGAGAGGAUCUGCAGAGAAGAAUGGGAGAAACUCCCUAAAUACAGGGGUGCCAAGCUUGUACCGUCAUACCCAAGAAGACUCGAGGCUGUAAUCACUGCCAAAGGUGCUUCAACAAAGUACUGAGUAAAGGGUCUGAAUAUAUAUGUACAGUAAAUGUGAUAUUUCAGUUUUGUAUUUUUAAUAAAUGUGCUAAAAAUUCUAUAAACCUGUUUUUGCUUUGUCAUUAUGUGGUAUUGUGUGUAGAUUGAUGAGGAUAUUUUUUAAAAAUCAUUUUAGAAUAAGGCUGUAAUGUAACAAAAUGUGGAAAAAGAGAAGUCUGAAUACUUUCCGAAUGCACUGUAUAUGUUGUUUUUUAUUUUUUCAUUUUUUAAAACUCAGUCGGGGUCUUAACUUACUGUUGAAAAAAAAUUGAGUUCCGUUUUUGUUCUUUUCUACCCCCAUCAAAGUUGCCCAUUCCUGUUGUACAGUCACUGAGAAAUACUUAAUUUAUUGAUUUGAGGUCAUUAAAGACCUUGUUUUUUACCUGGGUAACCAUUCAUGAAUUCAUAGUGAAGUUGUUACUCUAUGUUUUUAUUCUCCAGAUUCCAGAUAACUGUCAAGCAGGUGGUGAAGAGCAGGUGUCUCCUGGUCCUGGCCCAGCAUUACCCACCAUCUACAGUUUGGUGGGACAUCAACACCCCCAGCCUGUGAACCACCAGCCUCCGCCUGUUGACCUCCCCAUGUCCACCAUGUCCACCAUGCCCCUCAUUCCUGAGAGUUUAUAUGCUGUAGUGGGGAAAAAGACUAGCAAACAAUAAUCAGGAAUUUUAACAUCUUAGGCCGGGAUUCUAUUCUAAUUGUAUUAGAUCACCUGUUGUCGGCUAAGCAUCUUUUAAAGGUUCCCGCGUUCGCUGAGACAGCAUUCACAAUAAAUGCUGCGUAUGUUAGCUCAAUCGGAAAUGAUCUGUAAAUGGUGCCUAGAUGGCAAAGUGUGAUCGCAUUGAAUUCUUUAAAUUUAAAGGCAAUGUUCCCGUGUUCGCGGAGACUGCAUUCCCGGUAAACCUUACAUAUGUCUGCUCAAUCAGAAAUCACCUUUAUAUUUAAAUCGUACUAUAACGCUGAUCUUCCGCGGUCCGGAUUGAAUCUACACCUUACUCUCAAUAGCCCUGUUUAUACCUGGUUCUAACAUGUGUCCAAAAUAGGUAGCGUGGACAUAGAGUUGUAAGAGAAUGAGCAGUGGAUAUACAAAUAUACAGUGUAUCUGCAGGACAGCAGCAUCCCAUCCUGCAUCCCACUGCUGGCUUGUCUCUGAAGCUAAGCAGGUCCUGGUUGGUCCCUAGAUGGGAGACCAGAUGCUACUGGAAGUAAUGUUGGAGGGCCAGUAGGGGGUACAUAUCCUCUGGUCUGAAGAUCGAAUCCCAGGCAGUGAAGGGGGCAUACGGCGCUGUCUUUCAGAUGGGAUUUCAAAUCGGUGUCCUGACAAUCAAUAAACAUUCCAUGGCACUUAUUGCAAGAGUAGGUGUGUUAACCCUGGUGUCCUGGCUAAAGUCUGAACUUGGGCCAUGUAAUCAUCCCCCCUCAUUGGCAUUUACUCACUUCUCCACCAUGCUAGCUAAUGUGUGGAUGAGGUGAGUUUCCCCCUUACCGAUGACGCUCUUUGCAGACAGGAACAUUUAAUUUAUUUUGCUUAUUGCGUUUCCAUAUAUAAUUUGUACAUUCAUGUUUUUAUUCGUUUACAUAUUUAUUUUAAAGUAAAAAAUGUAUAUUAUUUACAUUUUAGUAAUUUAGCAGACGCUCUUAUCCAGAGUGACUUAGAUGAGCAAUUACGGUUAAGUGCCUUGCUCAAGGGCACAUCAACAGAUUCUUCACAUAGUCGUCUCUGGCAUUUUUUAUUAGUCCACUGUCUAUAAAUGUUUUGCAUGUCAUCAGUCAAGUUUUCAAAAUAUAGGCUUUUCAAGAAGCAAAUGCUGUGUUCAAAACUACUGGGAACUCAGAGAAAAAAUUUGCUCCAACUGAGAAAAAUACUUUUUGAACAGUCAACCAAUUUGGAAUUCCAAGUCGGAAACUCUGAAAACUUUCUAAAUAAUAAUAAUAGCCAUUUAGCAGAACGCUUUUAUCCAAAGCGACUUACAGUCAUUGUGCAUACAUUUUUACGUAUGGGUGGUCCGGGGAUUGAACACACUACCCUAGCGUUACAAGCGCCAUGUUCUACCAAUUGAGCUACAGAGGACAUCAGGCAUUCCGACCUGAGAUCACUUCACCCCCCCAAAAAGUUGGAGUUCCCAGUUGUCUGAAAGCAUCAAAAGUGCCGCUUGCCACAUCAUCAUGAUUCUGUGGCAAGUGACACUUUGCUUCUUAAAAGUCCAUAUAUUUAAAGAAAAUAUUUAACAAAAAUGUUUGCCCUGUGCCUAUGUGCAUUUCCCCAGCAGAGGUCCAAUGUUGAACAUAAUAAAAGACUCAUCAGCCACAUUUCAUCUCAAGCCUUGCUGUGGAAGGAUGGUUUUCAAGCAAAAAUCUCACGAUACAUUGGCCCCCAUUCUUCUUUCCUUUACAGGUCACGUUCGUCCGGUCCCUUUGCAGAAAAACAGCCCCAAAGCAUUUGAUGGUCCACACCAGCUUCACAGUAGGGGUAUGGUUGCCUUUGGAGGCACAUCAGAUUCUUUGUCCUCCAAACAUGACGAGUUGAGUUUGUACCAAAAAGUUAUAAUUUUGGUUCAUUGACCAUAUGGACAUUAUCCAACUCCUCUUUGAUCAUCUCCAAAUGCUACUCAGACGGGCUGGACAUGUACUGCUAAGCAGGGGGACACGUCUUGCAAUGCAGGAUUUGAGUUACCCUGGCGGCGUAGUGUGUUACUGAUGGUAGGCUUGUUACUUUGGUCCCAGCUCUUGCAGGUCAUUCACUAGGUCCCCCCGUGCGGUUCUGGGAUUUUUGCUCACCGUUCUUGAUCAUUUUGACCAAGCGGUGAGAUCUUGCGUGGAGCCCCAGAUUGAGGGAGAUUAUCAGUGGUCUUGUAUGUCUUCCAUUUCCUAAUAAUUGCUCCCACAGUUGAUUUCUUCAAACCAAGCUGCUUACCUAUUGCAGAUUCAGUCUUCCCAGCCUGGUGCAGGUCUACAAUUUUGUUUCUGGUGUCCUUUGACAGCUCUUUGGUCUUGGCCAUAGUGGAGUUUGGAGUGUGACUGUUUGAGGUUGUGGACAGGUGUCUUUUAUACUGAUAACAAGUUCAAACAGGUGCCAUUAAUACAGGUAACGAGUGGAGGACAGAGGAGCCUCUUAAAGAAGAAGUUACAGGUCUUUGAGAGCCAGAAAUCUUGCUUGUUUGUAGGUGACCAAAUACUUAUUUUCCACCAUAAUUUGCAAAUAAAUUCAUUAAAAAUCCUACGAUGUGAUUUUCUGGAUUUUUUUCCCUCAAUUUGUCUGUCAUAGUUGACGUGUACCUAUGAUGAAAAUUACAGGCAUCUCUCAUCUUUUUAAGUGGGAGAACUUGCACAAUUGGUGGCUGACUAAAUACUUUUUUUCCCCACUGUAUGUUGUUUUUUAUUUUUUCAUUUUUUAAAACUCAGUCGGGGUCUCAACUUACUGUUGAAAGAAAUUUGAGUUCCGUUUUUGUUCUUUUCUACCCCCAUCAAAGUUGCCCAUUCCUGUUGUACAGUCACUGAGAAAUACUUAAUUUAUUGAUUUGAGGUCAUUAAAGACCUUGUUUUUUACCUGGGUAACCAUUCAUGAAUUCAUAGUGAAGUUGUUACUCUAUGUUUUUAUUCUCCAGAUUCCAGAUAACAGUCAAGCAGGUGGUGAAGAGCAGGUGUCUCCUGGUCCUGGCCCAGCAUUACCCACCAUCUACAGUUUGGUGGGACAUCAACACCCCCAGCCUGUGAACCACCAGCCUCCGCCUGUUGACCUCCCCAUGUCCACCAUGUCCACCAUGCCCCCCAUGCCUGAGAGUUUAUAUGCUGUAGUGGGGAAAAAGACUAGCAAACAA